UGCAGCCAAUCACGUCUCGGGGAUUGCAGGGGUGCCGGAGAGCGGCGGUCGCCCGCCUUGCUGGGUGAAUGCUCCCUUGGCGGGCCGGUGAUUCCAGUUCAGCUGACCUUCGCCGGGCGCUCGGAAGUUUCAAGCGGCUUCUCUGCCAGGGUCUCCCGGUAUGCGAAGGCAGCAACAGCGGCGUUAGCCGUUACGUGACUUGGAGUGGACCUUCCUCCGUGGGGCGGGAGUAGCAAAGCGCCUCCCCUUCUGCGUCCAAUGAAAAAUCUUACGUAUGACAAGGAAAAAUGAAUACCUCAAUGAAUGUGGAGCCUGAUGCACUCAGCGUAGUAAACCAACUAAGAGAUCUGGCAGCUGAUCCUCUGAAUAGAAGAGCAAUUGUCCAGGAUCAGGGAUGUCUACCAGGCCUUAUAUUAUUUUUGGAUCAUCCCAACCCACCAGUUGUCCAUUCAGCGUUACUUGCUCUACGUUAUUUGGCGGAAUGUCGGGCCAAUAGAGAAAAGAUGAAAAGUGAACUGGGAAUGAUGCUGAGUUUACAGACUGUCGUACAGAAGACCACAACACCCGGGGAAACAAAACUAUUAGCUUCUGAAAUCUAUGAUAUUCUUCAGUCUUCCAAUAUGUCUGACAUGGACAAUGUGAAUGAAAUGAAUUCUCGACGUCGAAAAGCUCAGUUUUUUCUUGGAAGUACAAAUAAACGUGCUAAAACAGUAGUUUUACACAUAGAUGGCCUUGAUGAUUCGUCACGGAGGAACCUGUGCGAAGAAGCCUUACUUAAAAUUAAAGGGGUCAUCAGCUUUACGUUUCAAAUGGCAAUUCAAAGAUGUGUUGUCAGAAUCAGAUCAGAUUUAAAAGCAGAGGCACUGGCCACAGCAAUAGCAUCAACCAAAAUUAUGAAAGCCCAGCAAGUUGUAAAAAGUGAAAGCGGAGAAGAGAUGUUGGUUCCUUUCCAAGAUACUCCAGUAGAAGUGGAGCAAAAUACUGACCUCCCUGAAUACUUACCAGAAGAUGAAAGUCCUUCAAAGGAGCAAGACAAAGCCGUGUCCCGUGUUGGAUCACACCCAGAAGGGGCAGCCAGUUGGCUGAGCACAGCUGCAAAUUUUCUUUCCAGGUCCUUCUAUUGGUGACUUUGAAUCAAGGCUAAAGGACUGUGCCAACCAACAGGGGGUAGUUUUUCCAUUAUUUUGGCGAACUGCCAAGUGCAAUUUGCAAUAAGUUAUCGUAACAGAUUUUUUAGACUACACAAAAUAUAUACUG